AUGUCCUCGCUCACCCUCAGAUCCCUCGCGUCCCGUCUCUCCCGCCGCAACUUCUCCUCCACCCCUCGCAGCUUUGACCACUACCUCGAUGCCGACUUUCACACCUUUAAAAAAGUGACCACAGCAGAAGGACGCAUCAUCCUCGUCGAUUUCUAUGCAGAGCUCAUGCUCUGCAGCUGGUGUCAGCCUUGCAAGGUCCUCUCUCCCAUCCUCGAACACCUCACCCAAGAUCCUGCUACCGAGACUGCCUCUCGCCAGCCGUUGGAUCUAGUGACCAUAAACACUGAUACCGAAGAGGGAAGGGAGCUUUCUCAACGCUUCAAAGUACGCGCACUUCCAACCGUCGUGGCAUUCCAGGGAGGCAAGGCCAUCAAGACCUUUACUGGCGCGCUGAGGGAACAUCAAGUUCGCCAAUUUUUGAGGGAGAUAUGA